CUCCAUCCGCCAUGUUGGAUGCCGCAGAUUCGCCAGAACCUCGCCGGCUCUUUUCUUAAAAAAAAAAAAAUUAAAAGCGGAGCAUCAGCGGGGCACCCCGCCUUCUCCGGCGGCGCGGGAGGGGGCCCGGAAGAGCCCGAGGCUUUUUUUUCCUCGGCGGCGGGGGCGUUGCUAUGGAGACGCGGGCGGCAGGGAACACGGCCAUCUUCAUGUGUAAAUGUUGCAACCUUUUCUCACCAAGUCAGUCGGAACUCCUGUCCCACGUUUCUGAGAAGCACACAGAAGAAGGGGUUAAUGUGGAUGAGAUCAUCAUUCCCCUUAGACCACUGAGCACCCCUGAACCCACCAACCCAAGCAAGACCGGAGAUGAGUUUGCGGUCAUGAAGCGGAAGCGAGGCCGGCCCAAGGGGUCCACCAAGAAGGCCAGCGCGGAGGAGGAGCAGGUGGCCAGUGCGGCCCGGGCCAGCGAGGACGGCGCCCCGGCCCCGGCGGAGGCGAGCAGCCCGGCCCCAAACAGCCUGGCCUGCGGCAGGUGCGGCCGCAAGUUCUCCAACGCGCGCCAGCUGCGCAAGCACAUCUGCGUGGUGGUGCUGGACUCUGCCGAGGAGGACGGCGACGCAGGUAACGAGUCCGACCUGGAGCUGGAGAGGAGGUGUAAGGAAGACGAGCGGGACAAGGCCCCGAAGAGGCCGCGGACCCAGAGAGCCGAGAAAGCCCAGAAGGUCUCCUCGGGCAAGGAGGCUGGGCAGAUUUCUGGCGCCAAGAAACCCAUCAUAAGUGUGGUUCUCACGGCUCACGAGGCCAUCCCAGGUGCAACCAAGAUUGUUCCAGUGGAGGCCGGGCCUCCGGAAACGGGAGCAGCAAACCCCGAGGCCCCUGCGGCGGACCUGGCUCCGCGGAGGGGCUACCAGGAGUACGCCAUUCAGCAGACACCGUACGAGCAGCCCAUGAAGUCCAGCAGGCUCGGCCCCACCCAGCUCAAGAUCUUCACGUGUGAGUACUGCAACAAGGUCUUCAAGUUCAAGCACUCGCUGCAGGCCCACCUGCGCAUCCACACCAACGAGAAGCCCUACAAGUGCUCCCAGUGCAGCUACGCCAGCGCCAUCAAGGCCAACCUCAACGUGCACCUGCGCAAGCACACGGGCGAGAAGUUCGCCUGCGACUACUGCGCCUUCACCUGCCUGAGCAAGGGCCACCUCAAGGUGCACGUCGAGCGGGUGCACAAGAAGAUCAAGCAGCACUGCCGCUUCUGCAAGAAGAAGUACUCGGACGUCAAGAACCUCAUCAAGCACAUCCGGGACACGCACGACCCGCAGGACCCCAAGGUGCAGGAGGCGCUGCACGAGCUGUGCCUGAUGACGCGGGAGGGCAAGCGGCAGCUGCUGUACGACUGCCACAUCUGCGAGCGCAAGUUCAAGAACGAGCUGGACCGCGACCGCCACAUGCUGGUGCACGGCGACAAGUGGCCCUUUGCCUGCGAACUCUGUGGCCACGGGGCCACCAAGUACCAGGCGCUGGAGCUGCACGUCAGGAAGCACCCCUUCGUGUACGUCUGCGCCCUCUGCCGCAAGAAGUUCGUCAGCUCCAUCCGGCUGCGUGCCCACAUCAGGGAGGCGCACGGGGCCGCCCAGGAGAGCCUGGUCUUCACCAGCUCCAUCAACCAGAGCUUCUGCCUCCUGGAGCCCGGGGGGGACAUCCAGCAGGAAGCCCUGGGGGGCCAGCUGCAGCUGGCAGAAGAGGAGUUUGUCUUCCAGGGCGUCAACGCUCCCAAAGACACAUCCUGCCGGGGGGAGGCACAGCCUGAGGCGGGACCGAAGGAGCCAGAGGCCUCUGCGGACGUGCCCAUCCAGGCCAUGCCUGUAGCCAGCCCCCAGGCCCAGGCCGAAAGUGCCCCCUUGCCCCCCAGCGAGCUGGAAGCCACUGUGGUCUCUGCUCAGCUUCACCCACACACGGUGGCUUCAGAAGCGUUUUUGUUAAAAAAGGGUGCUCCCUCUCCAGAGGCCCACGCGCCUCCCGAGGGCACGCUGGACACCCCACGUGGAGAAACUGCCGACACUCCAGGCGAAGAGGUCACGCUGCUGCUGUCCCAGGCCCCAGGCCAGGCAGCACACCCAGAGGCCCCCGGAGCCCAGAGCCCGCCAGGGGCCGGGCAGGACGUGGCUGCCUCCCCGUCCCGGGGCCCUGAUCCCAGUGGGUGUCUUAGGUCGGCCCCGGCUGAGGCCUUAGACCUUCCUCCGGUGGCUGGUGGCCGGGACCUGGCCUUGAGCCAGUCUGACUCUUGCGCCCCCACCCCCGAGCCCCGGGCCGGCAUCCCCGCCUUCAUGCAGAUCCUGGACAGCUUACACAAGAGGCGGAUGAACACUGACUUGUGCGAGCGGAUCCGGAAGGUGUACGGGGACCUGGAGUGUGAAUACUGUGGCAAACUUUUUUGGUACCAAGUGCACUUUGACAUGCAUGUGCGCACCCACACCCGGGAACACCUGUAUUAUUGCUCCCAGUGCCAUUACUCUUCCAUCACCAAAAACUGCCUUAAACGCCAUGUAAUUCAGAAACACAGUAACAUCUUGCUGAAGUGCCCCACUGCUGGCUGUGACUACUCGACUCCAGAUAAAUAUAAGCUGCAGGCACAUCUCAAAGUUCACACUGAGCUGGACAAAAGGAGUUACUCAUGUCCUGUGUGUGAAAAGUCUUUUUCAGAAGAUCGAUUGAUAAAGUCACACAUCAAGACCAACCAUCCCGAGGUCUCCAUGAGCACCAUUUCCGAGGUUCUGGGGAGGAGGGUUCAGCUGAAAGGGCUGAUUGGAAAGAGAGCCAUGAAGUGCCCGUACUGUGAUUUCUACUUCAUGAAGAACGGCUCGGACCUGCAGCGCCACAUCUGGGCCCACGAGGGUGUGAAACCUUUCAAGUGCUCUCUCUGUGAGUACGCGACCCGCAGCAAGAGCAACCUCAAGGCUCACAUGAACCGUCACAGCACUGAGAAAACCCACCUGUGCGACAUGUGUGGCAAGAAAUUCAAAUCCAAAGGCACGUUGAAAAGCCACAAGCUCCUCCACACUGCCGACGGGAAGCAGUUCAAGUGCACGGUGUGUGACUACACGGCGGCCCAGAAGCCCCAGCUGCUGCGGCACAUGGAGCAGCACACCUCCUUCAAGCCUUUCCGCUGCGCCCACUGCCACUACUCCUGCAACAUAUCUGGCUCCCUGAAGCGGCACUACAACAGGAAGCACCCCAACGAGGAGUACGCCAACGUGGGCACUGGGGAGCUGGUGGCGGACGCGCUCCUGCAGCAAGGUGGUCUGAAGUGUCCUGUCUGCAGCUUUGUCUACGGCACCAAAUGGGAGUUCAACCGGCACUUGAAGAACAAGCAUGGCCUGAAGCUGGUGGAAAGCGAGGGUGAUCCCAAGUGGGAGCCCGCAGCAGAAACUCCCGAGGAGCCCUCCACCCAGUAUUUGCACAUCACGGAAGCUGAAGAGGACGUUCAGGGGACCCAGGCGGCUGUGGCGGCGCUGCAGGACCUGAGAUACACCUCUGAGAAUGGCGACCGGCUUGACCCCACAGCUGUGAACAUCCUCCAGCAGAUCAUUGAGCUGGGCGCUGAGACGCACGAUGCCGCUGCCGUGGCCUCGGUGGUUGCCAUGGCGCCGGGGACAGUGACUGUGGUGAAACAGGUCACCGACGAGGAGCCCAGCUCCAACCACACGGUCAUGAUCCAGGAGACCCUCCAGCAGGCCUCCGUGGAGCUGGCCGAGCAGCACCACCUCGUGGUGUCCUCCGACGACGUGGAGGGCAUCGAGACGGUGACCGUGUACACGCAGGGCGGGGAGGCCUCGGAGUUCAUCGUCUACGUGCAGGAGGCAAUGCAGCCCGUGGACGAGCAGGCCUUGGGGCAGCCGACCCAGGAGCUCUAGGGGACACACAGCAUGGACAGGGGCCGCCGGCCAGGCGGGGCUUCAGGGACCUGGGGGCCCAAGACGGGGAGGCCACAGAAGGUGCAGCACAAGUCUGUCCUGGGGUUACAUGGGGGUCUCCUUGUCUUGCUCUGAGAGGGCAAGGUGCUGCGUAUCACCAGCAAUACAGGACCCCCUCUAACUCAGACCACCCCCUUACCCUACAGCAUCUGGUUCCAGAAGACUUGCAUCAGCUCCCUGAGCAUUGCCCUCGCCACAUUGCCCCUUUGCUUCAAGAUUCAAACAGAGACCCCCUGGCCCCCAUCAGCUUCCCAGAUCCCAUCCCAUCCCCAGCUUCUUGACCCCAACUUCAUCUGCACUCUCCGCAGCCUGGGGGCAGGGACACGAGCCACCGAGCAAGUGUCCUUGGCUUUGAAUCACCUCCGAGAGGAGAGGAGGGGUUCUGGCUUCAUCUGCAAAGUCUCUGCUGCUCAUGUGUUGGGGGACCUUGCUGUCCUAUGGAGCCACCCCGAUGUAACCCCGAUUUGAUGCCCUCCCAUCCUCUGCAGGUGAGUCUCAGCCACCCACUUGGAAUCUGCUUUACAAACAAGUGCGCUUUCCACUCUUCAUGUCCCAGUGAGGUGGGCGGGGUACAACCAGCUCUGCCUGAGCACCCCUCUGCCGCGGGCUGUGCGGCUGGUACAUCCCCCUGCCCGAAGCAGAGUCUUGGAUCCCCCUGGACCGCCCCUGCUGAGACCAGGUCUUUGACAUGCAGACCACGAUGCCCCUGCCCUCCCAGCACUUAGAUCUGCUCUGGCCAUGGCCCUCAAGGCUGAUGCUCUUACCCGGCGCCCAGGUUGUUCGCUGCCCACCUCGACCUGGCAGCCACCUCCUCUCGGUCCGUGCCUGGGAGAGCGGUUCCCUGACGGCCGAAGGCUCCACAGGCACCUGGUGUGACUCGGGCUUUGUCCCGGUCCCUGUGACCAAUCCUGAGCCUUUGGAGCCCCUACUCUGCACCCGGGGCCUCUGUGUCCCUGCCAGCCCCGAGGCUGUGACGUUGCGACCCCUGUAGAGUCUGGGUGGGCUGUGGUUCGUUCCUUGGAGACCCCUCCCUUCUGACACGGACCUUCUAGUAGUCACAGCGGCUCUGGUGAAGGGGGUGGAGUCCACCGUCCUUGCACUUGGCCUCAGCACCCCACUGCCUGCUCCCCUCUGGGAGGAAGCUUCCGAGUGCUUGCUGUCCGCAAGGCGGGAAAGGGCCGGGUGGGCUUUGCACGCGCAGGGCCGGGGAGGCAGGGGCACAGGGGAGGGAAUUCCAAAGAGAGUAACGUGGACCUGCCCCUGGUGGGCGCCGGCGCGAGCUUGAAUGUUCCCACCUGGCUGCUGGGCAACUGUGAGGGGAGGAGCAGAGGCAGCCAGCAGGCAGAAUCUAGCACAGGGGUGAGAGAGGACAGAUGCUGAUUUUAUCCAGUGCCUGGGGAGGUCGCAGGUGCAGAGGCCGGAGCAGCUCUCCCGGGAGGGUGGUCCUGUCGGCAGCGGGUGGGCUGUGGUGUGAGGUUGAGCGGCCCUGCCGGAGGGAGCCCCGCGUGUCCCUCUGCUGGCCCCAGUUCUAGUUUACUCCUCCCUGAAGUGGGUCUGAUGACAGCUGCUGGCUCCGGCCAUGACUCACUGAGAGGGUUCACUGAGCAAGGCCUGGGGGCCCCUGCAGACCCGGCCCAUGCUCUGAAAUGAGCGUUCCUCGGACCCUGGGGGGGACGCAGGCGUGGGGUCGCGGUCUCCGCCCUCAGAGCGUCCCAUUCUGGUGGAAGAGCCUGAUGUGAACGCACAGUAGGACGACGCACUGAGUGUGCUCUGUGCUCCAGGCGAGACGGGAGGCGCCAGAAGAGCCGGGCCAUGUGCCGCUGGGGCUGGGCGCACGGCCGCUCGGCAGACUGCGCGGAACCGGGGCUCAGGCCUGGCUGAGGCCUGCAGGCCUGUCACCUCGAAAACGGCACACGGUGAUUCCAGAGGCUCAUCCAAAGCGCGUCUCUUCUCUGUCAUUAAGGACCCCGAAAUCAUGAGAAGAUCUGGGCUAAUGGCCCCGCGGGGAUGGCCUGUGGGAGCCUGCUGCCCAUGGGCCACCCAAGGUCCCUGUGCACGUUCACAUUUCAGCGGGCUGUGAGGGAGGACGGCUCUCCAGGGGCAGCGCUGGGCGCGGGGACCGUCGCUCGGGAGGGGAGGUGGGUGACUGUGAUCGGCCCUGCUGGCUCCCGUAUGAAGAGUCAGUUUCACCCAUAAAAUGGGGUCAGUAAUUCCACCCCGUUUGCCUAGUUUAUGUUAAGGCUUUGCCCUGAUAGCGUAUGUAUAAUAAAGCCCCCGAUACGUUGUGUUGCACAUAGUAGGAACACAAUAAAUAUUUAUUUUCCUUGCUGCUGUUC